UCUUCCCCACUCCGCCGCCGCCGUGGUCUAUCUUCCGUCCCUUGGCCUCCCGCAGCGGCCAGCGGCCCUCCGCCCCCUCCAAAUCACACCCAGACCCCUCGCGUUUAAACUAUUCCCUAAUCCAACCCCUAUCCCCUCCAGCUCCUCGCCUGACAACGCCGCCUCCUCUAUAAGGGCGCCGUCGGGAAGAGAGAGCAGCGAUGACUUCAGGUGGCCGCAGCUCUCCGGCGGAAGGCGGCAGAGAUGGCGUCCGCGGCGGCGGCGGCGCAGUGCUUCAGCUCCUACUCCUCCUUCCCGGGUACGUGGGCUCUGCGCCAGCGUGGUGGCGCCCGGGUGCUUCAGCUCUCUUCCCGGCGGAGCUUCUGCGUCUCCGCGGCGGCCGACGGAUUCGACAACCAGAACCGCGAAUAUGUGAUCGUCGGCGGAGGGAACGCGGCGGGGUACGCGGCCAGGACGUUCGUCCAGCAUGGCAUGGCUGAUGGCCGCCUCUGCAUCGUCUCCAAGGAGCCAGUUCCACCAUAUGAGCGGCCAGCAUUGACAAAAGGCUAUCUCUUUCCUCCGGAGAAGAAGCCAGCACGCCUACCUGGUUUUCAUACAUGUGUUGGAUCCGGUGGAGAGCGACAGACUGCUGAAUGGUACAAGGAGAAUGGUAUAGAGGUGUUGUAUGAGGAUCCAGUUGUAGCAUUUGAUGGCAAAACACAGACCUUGAAAACUUCGUCAGGGAAAAUUCUGAAGUAUGGCUCACUUAUUAUUUCUACUGGCUGCGAAGCUUCAAGAUUACCUGAGAAAAUUGGAGGCAAAUUACCAGGAGUUCACUACAUACGUGAUGUUGCUGAUGCUGAUUCUCUAGUAUCCUCUCUGGGAAGUGCAAAAAAGGUUCUUGUCAUUGGCGGUGGUUAUAUUGGCAUGGAGGUAGCUGCAGCAGCUUGUGGCUGGAAUCUUGACACAACUAUUGUAUUCCCAGAGGACCACAUUAUGCCAAGAUUAUUUACACCUUCCCUUGCUAAGAAGUAUGAGGAUCUCUAUCAGCAAAAUGGCGUCAAAUUCAUAAAGGGAGCUCUAAUCGACAAACUUGAAGCUGGCUCUGAUGGAAGGGUGUCUUCUGCUGUACUUAAGGAUGGAUCUGUAGUUGAAGCUGAUACAGUAAUUGUUGGUAUAGGAGCAAAACCAGUUGUGGGGCCCUUUGAAGCUGUUGGAGUCAACCCUGAAGUUGGUGGAAUAGAGGUUGAUUCCUUGUUCAGAACUAGUGUACCUGGCAUCUUUGCUAUUGGAGAUGUAGCAGCUUUUCCCCUGAAGAUGUACAAUAGAAUUGCUCGAGUGGAGCAUGUGGAUCAUGCUCGGAAAUCUGCACACCACUGUGUUGAAACGCUUCUAACAUCCCAGACAAAAGCGUAUGAUUACCUUCCGUAUUUCUACUCAAGAGUUUUUGAGUAUGAAGGAAGUUCAAGGAAAGUUUGGUGGCAGUUUUAUGGCGAUAACGUUGGUGAAACAGUUGAAGUAGGGAACUUCGAUCCAAAGAUUGCUACUUUCUGGAUUGACUCAGAUAGUCGACUGAAGGGUAUUUUCCUUGAGAGUGGAAACUCAGAGGAAUUCUCACUUCUUCCACAACUCGCUAAGUCUCAGCCCAUUGUUGACAAAUCUAAGCUCCAGGCUGCGGCUUCUGUUGAAGAUGCAUUAGAGAUUGCAAGAAGCUCUCUUCAGUCUGCCCCUUUGUUUUAGUUCUUGACAUCUAGGAACUUCUUGGCCUAAGUCUGGGUGCUGUACUGCUGUUGCGUAUUCUGAAUCGUCAAGACCACAUCAUCAAUAACAAUUCCGCAGCGUUUCCACAGGAUUGUGAUAUUCUUACUGUACCUGUAAUUGCCAUUUCCAUCUUGAAAUAAACUUGAUCACCCUUUGAGGGGUUGAUGAGGAUGAUAGAAUGAAACCUUCAUGCCACUUUUCUUGGAUUCA